CCUGGUUACAAGCCCUUUUCUUUAAUCACUGGACCACACAGCCACCUGUUGCCUCCUAGUGUUAAUGAAAUGAGGAAGUCUGUUUGGUCCCGGCACGACAAACUCUAAUGUAGGGAAAAAUAACUCGGAACAAUUGCGAAGAACCUAAAAUAGAAAAGUGAAAUGUAAAUAAUACUAAUUAAAUGACAUUUUACUCUCAUCACUGUUAAGAAUUCCAGUAUAUCUGAUCAUUUCAACCAGUUUGAGCAGCCAGAACAGCUUACCUUUUGCUUUACAGUCCUUUUGUCCAAACCGAAUGAGAUCUCUUCUAAUAACAGGAGCCCCCUACACACAAUGUAAUGACUUACACACUGUAGCAGUGCCCUGCAUCUUGCUCAGUUCUCUUCUCCUGCCCCUUGUGGAUGCCCAGGUGGAGAUGGUUUUCUGGCUGCUGUCCAUGCUGACGUCGAGGGACCGGGAGGAGAUGUCCCGCACCCUGCUGACCAUGUCCAGCUCCCAGGAGAGCUGCUUGGCCAUGCGCAGGUCCGGCUGCGUGCCCCUGCUGGUGCAGAUCCUGCACGAUGGGGCGGGGCCGGGGGCAGGAGGCUGCAGCAGAGAAGCUCGCAACCGCGCCAGCGCUGCCCUGCACAACAUGGUGUACUCCCAGCAGGACGAGGGCCAGGCGCACAGAGAGAUGAGGGUGCUGCAUGUGCUGGAGCAGAUCCGUGCGCACUGUGAGGGGGGCUGGGACUGGCUGGAGGCACAGCGCAACAUCGCCGCCCUGAAGGGGAAGAACAGUAGCACAGCCCUCCCUGACCCUGUGGAGCCGCAUAUCUGCCAGGCCAUGUGUGCGGUGAUGAAGCUGUCCUUCGAGGAGGAGUACCGCAGAGCCAUGAACGAGCUGGGUGGGCUGCAGGCAGUGGCUGACCUCACUCAGCUGGACCAUGAGCUGUACGGCAUGAACAGCGACCCUCUGAACACGGCACUGCGGCGCUACGCUGGCAUGGCACUCACCAAUCUCACCUUCGGGGACGUGGUCAACAAGGCUAUGCUCUGCUCAAAGAAAGGCUGCCUGCAGGCGAUCGUGGCCCAGCUGGCUUCAGACAGUGAGGAGCAGCACCAGGUUGUCUCCAGUAUCCUGAGAAACCUGUCGUGGCGGGCGGACAUCAACAGCAAGAAGAUCUUGCGGGAGGUGGGCAGCGUGGCCGCGCUGAUGACCUGCGCCCUGCAGGCAACCAAGGAAUCGACCCUGAAGAGCCUGUUGAGUGCCCUGUGGAACCUGUCUGCCCACAGCACGGAGAACAAGGUGUCCAUCUGCUCUGUGGACGGGGCCUUGGGCUUCCUGGUCAGCACGCUCACCUACAAGUGCCAGAGCAACUCUCUGGCUAUCAUUGAAAGCGGUGGAGGAAUCUUAAGGAACAUCUCCAGCCUUGUUGCUACCCGAGAGGACUAUCGGCAAAUCCUCAGAGACCACAACUGCCUGCAGACCCUCCUGCAGCACCUGCGAUCCCACAGCCUCACCAUCGUGAGCAACGCCUGCGGCACUCUAUGGAACCUGUCUGCCCGGAGCCCCAAGGACCAGGAGCUGCUGUGGGACCUGGGGGCGGUUAGUAUGCUGCGCAACCUCAUCAACUCCAAGCACAAGAUGAUCGCCAUGGGCAGUGCCGCGGCUCUCAGGAACCUCCUCACCAACCGGCCGCUGAAGUACAAGGAUGCUGCCGUCAUCUCACCAGGCUCCUGCAUGCCCUCCCUCUACAUGAGGAAGCAGAAGGCUCUGGAGGCAGAGCUGGAUGCCAAACACUUGGCUAAGACCUUUGACAGCAUAGAGAAGCAGCAGAGCCCCAAGCACCCCAGCAUCAACAAGCCCCUACGCCACAUCGAGAGCCUAUCUAAGGACUACACCUCGGAUUCGGGCUGCUUUGACGAUGAAGAGGCUCCUAAUAACUCCACCAGCUUGGACACCAGCAGCUUCUCUGCGAUCUCCAUGUUCCUCAACUCCUCUAACUUCCUCCAGGGUCAGCCUCGCAAGAAGGCAGGAGAACUUGAGAGGGAUUCCAACACCCAGCCAGAGGAAUGCAAGAAGAGCCAGCCAGAGGAUGACGAGGUCUCCCUGGCAGCAGAAAAGCUGGCCAGGAAGAUCUCCACCACAGUAGCCAAGAUUGACAAACUGGUGGAGGACAUCACCAUGCACACAUCCUCGGAGGACAGCUUCAGUCUGAGCUCCGAGGAUCACUUUGUGGACUGGCAGUAUGGUUCAGACGAACUCCACGAAGCCAGAGCCAAGUCCUGCUCCCCAUGCCGGCUGUCGGACACCAGCAGCUUUGCCAGGAGGGAGCGUCUCAGCAGGGCCCAUGCCCUCCUGCGCCUCAAGACUGCCUACACCAGUCUGUCCACAGACAGUCUGAACAGCGGCAGCACCAGCGACAGCUACUGUGGCAGCAAGGACCAGGUCAGGCCCUCGGCAAGGUCGGCUACCAUCCAGAGACGGCCCACCAGGCUGGACCUGAAGGUGGCGAAAAGCAGCCAGAACCACAAGGAUGCAGAGGAAAGGGCAGCUGAGGGGAAAAGAGUGCCAAAUCAAAGCAGCACAGAGAAAAGCCAAGAACCACCUGCACCAACACCGGCUACCCUGACAUCAAACACCUCUGAAGCCAGUGUGCCAACCGUCAAACUUUCACCAUCCUACCAGCAUGUCCCCCUGAUACAGAGCGUAUCUAAGUUUGGGGUUUCUAGAAAUCCUGUGAGCCCCCAUGCACCCCAAGGACCGAGGAGACAAGCCUGGCUCCCAACUGUAGUAAACAGCACAACCCUAGGCAAGCUGUCCAACAUGGGGUCAGCCCACAGCCCAACCCUGGCCCAGCUGGAAACUGUGCAGAAGUACUCGGUGGAGAACACUCCCAUCAGCUUCUCCCGCUGCAGCUCCUUGUCCUCUCUGUCCUCAGGGGACGGAGCUCUCGACGGGCAGAGCCACAGCGAGAACGAGCUGGACAGUGACUCCUCGCUGGAGAUCAUUGAAGUGGAAGAAUGUGAACCAGAGAAGACAGAGGAAGACUGUUCUGAAGAGCUCAGUGAAGACCGCCUGGAUGUCCCUGAGCAGAAGCAGUUCAUAAGUGGCAGCAGCAUCUCCUCUUCCCAGUCCAUCGAGAUCCCCUGCCCUGUCAAAAGGGAGAAAGUCUUCCUCCGGGAGGUCUCGCCAGCUAGGCAUGAAGACAUGACCCCCUCCAGCUCCUCGGAGAACUACAUCCAUGAAACCCCACUGGUGAUGAGCCGCUGCAGCUCGGUGAGCUCGCUGGGUAGCUUUGAGUCACGAUCCAUUGACAGCUCCAUCCAGAGUGACCCGUGCAGCGAGAUGAUUAGUGGCACUAUCAGCCCCAGCGACCUACCUGACAGCCCAGGCCAGACCAUGCCGCCGAGCCGCAGCAAGACCCCCUGCUGCCUGGAUCCCAGUGGGCAGGAGAGGGAAGGAGGGCAAUGGGAGAGCAACCUCCGCAAAUUCAUGGAAAUCGCAGACUUCAAGGAGCGAUUCAAUUUGCCUCCAGACUUGGACACCAUGAUCUACUUCACUGUAGAGAAGCCCACCGAGAACUUCUCUUGUGCCUCCAGCCUGAGUGCUCUGCCGCUUCAUGAGCACUACAUCCAGCAGGAUGUGGCGCUCAAGCUCAUGCCUCUCCCCCCAGCUCAGGAGAGCCUCAACUUUACAGAAAACCAGUUAGAAAGGGAGGAGGCUGGGGAGAAACAUUCCCCGCUGGGGCUGGAGAAGUCUACAGAGAGAUAUGGAGAGGGUGACUCCGAUGACGACAUUGAGAUUCUGAAAGAGUGCAUUAACUCGGCCAUGCCUUCGAAGUUCAGGAAAGUCAAGACCACGCUGAUGUCCAGUCUGUCCACCCAGGUCCUUAACUCCCAAGCCCGCAAGUCCAUGCAGCUACCCGUUUAUAUGCUGGUGCCUACUCACGCCACUCAGAUUGCUUCUGGAAAGCACGGCAGGCCUGAUCAAGAUUUCCUCCAAGAUGAUUCCUCGUUUACAGAUUCAGCUGAGGGAACACCAGUAAAUUUUUCCAGUGCUGCAUCCCUAAGCGAUGAAACCCUUCAGUACCCCCUCAAGGAUGAGCAAGUCUUAAAAGACCAACGGGUUAGGAGAAUGGAAAGACAGGGUCUGAUUCCAGUGAAAGGGAAAAGCAUGGACGAUCCCCAUUCGUUCUCCCACUUCUUGAAAUCCACCAGUAUGGCUGGCCAUGGUGAUAUGGCAGGUAACAAGUCAAACACAGUUGUCAAGAGAGUGAUGCCAGCACAGGGAAUGCCAGUGCAGAAUAAGAAUAUGACAGGUUCCCAGGACAGAAGCAGAGACCAAACCGCUGCCCACCUCUACCAAAGACGGGAACAAAGCCAGCCCAAGAACCUGCCCAACUUGAACCUUUCUGUCAGGAAGCAAACUGCAGGAGCAAAACAGAGCCAGACUCAGAAUCAGCUUGACAGGGAGUACGUCCAUGGAAACGUGGCAUUCCAGUCAAUGCGCCACACUACACCUACUGAGGAAGCCAUUUACUGCUUUUACGAUAAUGAUCUGAUGGAUGCAGAGAGGAAGGAUUGCAGGGUGACGAGUAGUGGGAAGAAGCAUGGUAAGGAGGUUGGCCAAAGCAUUCCUGCACGGACCAUACCUGAGGCAGGUCUGCACCAGCACCAGUCAUUCCACUGGCAAAAAGGCAUGGUUAGUAAAGUCAAGCACAAUAUGAUCAUGGAUGAAACGCCUCCAUGCUACUCCCUGAGUUCCUCGCUGAGCUCCUUCAGUGAUGUGGAUCUACAGGAACACUCAGGAAAAGUUCACCAAGUGUGGACCAAAACCAGGCGUCAGGGAGCUUUGAGCCGGGCCCGUGAUGCUGCCAGUGCUCACAGUAUAAAAAGCAGAGCUAUGAAUGAUGAGGACAGUUCACCCAGCUCCAUCAGCUUGGACUCAGAGGAUGACUCGGUGCAGAGGUGCAUCACCUCAGCCAUGCCCAAGCACAGGAGACGGCACUCUGCUCGGAGAAGGAAAGCCGAGAGGAAGCAGAAGCUGAGGAGCAACCUGCAGAAAGCUAUGGAAGGCUGGAGCUCGGCUAGAGACCAGAGGAGUGACGACAUGGCAUCUGACAAAGACUCAGACCUCAACAGCGUGGAGUGGAGAGCCAUCCAGGAAGGAGCCAACUCUGUUGUGAACAAGCUCCAGGCUGCCUCACUCGCCAAAGAACCUUCUUCUGAAUCAGAGUCCGUCCUCUCCUUUAUGUCAGGAAUGUCUGUGGGUUCCACCAUCCAGCUGUCCCUGGAGAGUAGGGAGAAGAAGGUGGCACAGAAAGACAGUAAGGAACAUGGCAAGAGCCCCAAAAUAGCAGACAGCAGAAAUUCCAGAACACAGCUAGACUUUGGCCAGUGUAAGCCAGUACCUAACUUGCCUGUUGUUUUCCGGGGCCGGACGGUGAUCUAUAUGCCCACCACAAAGAAGAACACUGCCAGCCCACAGAGGUCCACGCCAAAGAAGAUGUCACCCAAAACCUCACCUAAGACUGAAACUACAAUAAAAAAUCCCAACCUGGCCCAGCAAAGGUCUCUGAGCCUGCACAGAAUAGGACGUCCCGGAGACAUGGCCGAUCUCAGUGUGCCGAAAAGGAGUGUAACACCCCCAGCCAGAAUGACGAAGGGGGGAUCUUUGGGGUCAUCCCAAAACUCAACACCAUCAAGGCAGCCUCAAAAGAAGCUGACCUCCCCCACACAAGCUGGCAAACAGCUGCCAACCAAGCCUUUCAAUCGCACUGCUGAGAGGAAAACUAACAGCGUUGCAACACCUCCGGCCCCCAAGACUAAUAUGAACACAAAAUCACCAGCUCACAAAAAAACUCAGAAGUCCCCCGUCCGCAUCCCCUUUAUGCAGGCUUCAAGCAAGCAAACCGGACAGUCUAGGACUAUAUCUCCUUUCCUGAAUAACCAGCCCCCCAGCGGCCCUAGACCGACCACACAGCUGCCAGGAAAGAGGUUUCUGACCUCAAACAGACUGGAGCUGGUCCGAAAGUCCUCCACCCGUUCCACUGGCAGCGAGUCUGACCGAUCUGGCUUCCUGAGGCAGCUAACCUUCAUUAAGGAGUCCCCUAGCCGACUGAGGCAGAGGGGUGAGUUCCCUUCCUCAAGAUCAGUCCCCACGUCCCAGUUUGCCUCCCCCCGAAAAACCCAAACAACCCCACCGGCUGUGUUCCUCUGCUCCUCGCGCUGCCAAGAGCUGAAAGCAGGGGGACAAGGGCAGGGCAGCCAGAGGCAAGGCCAGCCACUUUCCAGAGCCAGCUCCGGGGACAAAUACCCAGAUGGGGAACGUCCGGCCAGGAGAACCAGUUCUGAGAGCCCCUCUAGGGUCCCCCAGAAGAAAGCCCCUGGAGCAUGUCAACAAGAGAGAGAGACCUUCAAGAGGCACGCUUCCUCUCCUCACAUCAAUGUGCUUAAGAGGGUCACCAGCCCCUCCUCUAUUCUGUCAUCUUCCUCUGACUCCAGUGGAAAGGCAAAGAGUGAGGAGGACAGAAAGACAAGGCAGCAGAGACAAAUGCAGCAGGGGUUCCCACGGGCGAAUAGCAAAGUCACCUGGAGGAGAAUCCGGGAUGAAGAUGUACCCCAUAUCCUGAAAAGCACGCUUCCUUCCACUGCUCUGCCUCUUUUGCCAUCCCCCGACGGGCACAAGCAGAUGCCGCUGCCGCACGGGAAACUGCCCACUGUGUCAAAGCCAUCCAGGAAAACGAGUGACGCCACCGUGCAGACAGAGAACUUCUGCAUCACUAAAACCAACUCCAGCACCUCGCCCAGCAUGGAAAAGGCCCCGGCGAUCACAGAAGAGGCCACCAAGAGUGUCCCCUACAGGAAGAUCAGCACGGCUUCUGGAGGGAGCAUACCCAUUCUGGAGGGGGAGCUGGCUGAGUUUAAGAACCACAACACCACCACCUCCUCUUCCUCCAACCCGGGAGAUGGGCACACAGGAGGGGUUGGGCACUUCCGACAGAGCUCUCCCAGCAGAGCGGUCAGAGUCACCCCUUUCAACUACAUUCCCAGCCCCAUAGCAUACGGCUCGCAGAGUAUCCAGAUUCGAGUGCCAACAAUUAACGAAAAGCCAGGAGAGCUGGAAGGCGUCGUACUGCCAAGCCACAUCCGUCCUUGAAAUAACUGCUUGGGUAUGAAUUGUGCUGCUCAGGUUGGCUUGCAGGGAAGAAGCAGGAGCAGCAUUUCAACGUUGUUUGAAUGAACCCCUUUUCCCCUGGAACUGUCCAUGUCUGGUAGCUCCAGUGUGCCUCCCGGCCCCCUGCGUGCAUCAGGAAUACUUAUACUGCAAACCGCUGUCAUUAAUGUAAACCACCACAAAUCUGUACAAAACUUGGUGCUGUAGAAGGCAGACUCCGGAUACUUUGCAGACUUUUGACAUGAUAUUGUUUGUGCUUAGUUCUGGGCAGACAACUGUGUCAGAAAAUAGGUUAGGGAAACCUAUUCUGAAAUCUGCUGAAGAGAGAUGCGGUUUAAGGUGCACCUUUUUUGUACUUUUUAUAUUUGUACAUAAGACUUUACCAGUUAGCAGUGUUAAAAUGUUAAAAAAAAAAAAAAAAAAAAAAGAUGGAAUAUUUGAGCUAUGCAGCUAUGAGGAUUUUUACUUCUAGGUGUGUGCAGUUAAAGUGAACCAUGCCACAUUGAACCAGUGCUGGAAUUUGCACAUUAUCAGAGCUCUUUAAAUUAUUCAGAGACCUCUCUCCUCCAAACAGCACCUCUCUAUAGUCAAGAUCUGAACUGGAUUUCAUUUUUUUGGUUGGAGGGAGGUUUACGAAACUGUUACAUUUUGCAAAAUGCCUUUUAAAGGGCACAUAAGGACCUCUUUAUUUUA